UCCUCUUUCACAUGCAUAGUCACGGACACAGGCCCUCUACUAAUGAUUGUCUCUAUGGCUGAGGCCGCGCCAGGCCACUCACUGUAUGACUGUACUACUGGCCAGGCAUCUGCCAAGGCCAAGCCAGGGGCCAGCGCUAUCAGGAGGGAGGCCUGCUACAUCUCCAACUGUCCCAUCGGGGGCAAGAGGUCCGUCAUGGACUCUCCACAACGCAAGUGCAUGUUGUGUGGGCCAGGGGAGCAGGGCCGCUGUUUCGGCCCCAGUAUCUGCUGUGGGGAAGGGCUGGGCUGCUGGAUGGGCUCCGCAGAGACGGCACGCUGCAUGGAGGAGAACUACCUGCCCACCCCCUGUCAGGCAGGAGGGAGACCCUGUGGAUCUGAAGAAGGACGCUGCGCUGCACCAGGCAUCUGUUGUGACUCAGAGGGCUGCAGUGCGGACCAAUCCUGUCUGGCAGAGGAGGAAGGCGACAAUCAAAUCAGCCAAUCAGAGGGCAGCGAUGACGCCCUCCUCAGGCUCCUUCACAUGGCUGGCCACACCCCUCCUCAUCGAGUCCACCAAUGAGCUGCCAAUGAUGCCAGGUUUCCAUGGGGGUCACUUGAGAGAUUGGUUGUUAGGAUUUGUAGUUCAAGGUAACCUAGUUGUAGUUCAUUGAUUAAUUCAUCUAUUUCACCUACACACCCAUUUACUGGCCUCCUUCAGUUUAUAGGCAACCUCACUGGAUUGGAACCUGUGCACUCCUCUGUAGAUUGCCUUUGUAUUAAAUACUACUAAUAAUAUAUUUUAUGUACUGUAUGUAUAGGAAUGGCUAUCAUUAAUCUUACAAGUGUUAAGAGUCCCCACGUGUAUUCUAAUAAAGCGUGUGAGUGUGUAUGGAGUGUGUAUGGUUUAGGCAUUUUUCUCUAUCAGCUAAACAAUUACCCGUUGUUUAACAUCUACAUCUGAAACAUGAAAUGAGUGGCUAAGUGCUCUUCGUCAUGUAGUUCUCUAAUUUACUGUAACAUUAGGCUCAGUAUUUAGGCCAGCACAAUGUUUGGUAAGUCUCUACAAUGGACCAUGAAACAUCUGUUAUAUGGACUUUACUCUCCUUCACUAUCACAGCUGUCCUUAUAUAAUAAUAAUAAUACCACACAAACCUUUGAGCAGAUAUCCUGUAGGUAAUUUAGAACUAUGAACAGGAACUGGAAUAGGUUGUAACUGGGAUAGUGACCAUAGGUUUUAAAUAAAAAUCCAGAUAAAACGUUUUUGCAUUACUACUACCAAGGUUAAUAUAGUAACCAAAAAUAAUCACCGAAAAACUAUUUAGUAAACUGUAUUAAAAUAAUUGACAAACCCAUUUGAAAAACAAUAU